UGGUACUGAUAUCUAGCUCUGAGGUACUACUAUGACCUCUUUAGGUGCAAAGCUGUACUUUUUAAACGGUACCGCCACAGUGACCAUUGUUUGACCCUUUUUUCUGACAGUGUCUUUCUUCAGUCAAAAACAAGUAAUUUUAUAUUCAAAUGUUGUGGGGUCAACAUGCCACAACUCCAAAAGGCACAUCCAUCCAUUUAUCUAAUAAAACAAUCCAAAUGGUUUGUGUGUCUUCUGAAGUAAAACAUAUUCACGAUACAUUGAUAAGAGAAAAUGUUUCAUUUCUUGUGUUCAACUAAAGAACGGAAGUCACAGCUGGUAUGAGGGUAAAAAAAUUUUUUUGGAUGUGGGUGAACGAUUCUUAAUUAAUUAACAUUAAACAGUAACUAUUCAGAUUGAUUUUGUUAAGUGCUUUAGUGUUUGAUGCAUACACUGCCUAUAUCUUUUUAGGUGAAGGUAUGAAACCAGUGUACUAUUUAAAAAAAAGAGGAAAGGGGUGUACAGAGUAUUCAGGAAGUGUGCUUUCAAAAACUGACAGUGUGCAUCCUGUGUGACACAAGCUAACACAACCCUUCAACCUUUUGUCAUCUCAUCAUCUAGUCUACUUGUUUAAUGGUGCAGUACUAAGAGGAUGGAGGACACAUUUCUGAAUGUGCUUUUCGUUGUCGUCAGUCUGCUGCUGUCGAAAGAGCACAAAGUCCUUCAAGACCAAAAUGACGAUGUCAUAGUGGCCAUGCGAGACCACGAGCGUGUUCUCCUGCAGGAGGCUGCAAAGCUGGAAAAUGAGGGGGCUGUUGCCAUGGAGCCGCCACUUCCGAAUCAGGAAGCAUCACAAGGUCCAAACUACAAGCUGCUGGGGAGAGAGGAGGACUUGUCAGAUGUUAAACAAACAAUGGCAAAUGUCAGGACCACAGCACCACAUGAUGAACAAAUGUCCACAGUGGGUGACCGAAAUGAUUUUCGCCAAAAGGCGUUUGCAACAGAUGGCCAUGAGAAACUGCAUGUGUCCAUUACUGAUAUAGACCAAUCGGAGUCCAGUGUAGACCUUUCACAUGGAGAAGAGAAACUAGAAAAGCCAAACCAUGUCCAGAUUGACACCAACCAAGCUGAUGAAGCAUCCUUUAUGGAUGUGAGUAUGUACAGUUGGUAUAUUUGGAAGGCCAUCUCCCUGAUCUCGUUCCUUCGUUUUCUAAAAUGGAUCCUGACAUUCAACUUCAAAACCCAACCAAAAAAGCAUUCAUUUCUGAAUGGAAGAAACAAACCUACAAUGUCGAACAUCCUUGCCAAAGUUUUGAACCAGGAUGAGAAGGCACUAACUAGCUUCUGUGACCGAGUUGUCCAAGUUCCAGCCAGUAACAUUUGGUGGGCUCGUGAGUUUGUGGAUGGUUUUGUUAGUGACCUUCUGGAAAGUGUGAGGAACGUGAACGGUAAAAGCUCAUACGUGACGAUUGAAGACUUCAUCGGUGUUGGGAGCUUGUAUGAGGAAUGGGUUUUGAGAAAAAGCAUUGUGUGCGACAUACACGUACGCAUCGUCCCUUCAAAGCCUUAUAGCUUCGAAUUUGAGCUUUUGAGGGGUAAAACUUGUCUGUACAGCAAAGCGAAAAUGGUUAAAGGUACCAAUUUAAGCAACUGCCUUUGCAGCGGUUCAGACCUAGAUGACGACACGCUGUGUCUUCUACAUCCAGAUCCCAAACAUGAUGAUGUAGUAAAGGAUUAUACCAACGGUGGCCUGUGUGAAGAGACCAGUUCGUACCUUUCGAAAACACAGGUGGUGAGGUGGUUUCGAAAUGCAGUUAGGAAAGCCUGGGAGGAGAGCAGUCACAAGUAUGACUUUCAACUAUUAUUUGAUAAAGGAGAAAGCCCUGUAAGUCUCAAGGUUGGAUUCAGGUCGGGUAAAGUGAUUCGGUUUAACAUCACACCCGUGGUUCAGUUUCAAGACUCACAGGCAUACUUGGUUUCAUACCUCCCUUCAGACAGACACUUGUCCGAUACCGACUGGCCCGUAUGUUUUGCGCGCUAUGAAAAUGCCCUCCUUCAACACUUCACCAAAACGCUUCCGGAUAACUCUUGCCAUAUUCGCUGCCUGCAAAUCCUCUCCUUUCUACACAAACAUCAGAUCGGACAGACUGGGAAAUGUGGCUUAACUUGCUACCACUUGAAAAAUACACUGUUACAUCUGUUGCUGGUUAACAAUCCCACAUCAUGGCAACCCGAGCAGAUCGCUUGGAGGCUUCAUGAGAUGCUGACGUUCCUUCAGCAGAGACUCGAAGUUAAGCUACUUCCCCAUGCUUUGGUUGGGAAUCCUCUCGUUCCUGGCGAUUUCGGAUUUCCAGAAGAAUUCCGAAAGCAAAAACCUCUAAAUUUAUUCCUACCGCUGUUAUCAAAUGAAGAGUUGCGCAUUCAAACAGACAAUCACUUAGUAGAGAUGGUUACAAAUAUACCAGUGCUGAUGUAUGAAUAUAGCAGGUAGUGAGAAAAGGGGAGGAAGCAAAAAAUUAAAAAUACAAAGAAGGCCGCACACUGAUUACAAAGGUCAAAAUAUAAUUUAAUAAUAUAUUAUUAAAUUAUAUAUGGAGCAUUGUAAUCAGUGCCUUCUUUGUUUUUUUCUGUAAUUUAUUAUUCGUUGUACCUAAACUUAAUUCUGGGUGUUUUGGAUGUGCAGACCUGUUUGCAUUCUUUGGCUGCGUCCAAAUAACCACACUUGCGGUCUUUGCACGUGACCACUUGACUACUUACAUGACGUAUUUCCUGUAUAAGUAUUCUAGUGGGUGUGAAGCGUGCAUGUAGAUUUAUUCACCCGUUGGGACACACUUAGCAAGUGUAAAAAUGUCAAUCUGGGUAGUGACGGCUAUUUGCACCAAAAAAUAUUAGUUUUUAUUUAGGCUACUUAUAUUUUUAAGUUUUCACUCUAGUAAAUCACUCUGAAAUAAACAUUUGCUUGACUUAAAGAUUAUCAUCUACACUUAUCUGAAACUUUCAGAAGCAGAAUUCUUUGCAUAUUUAAAAAAAACAAAUUUUUGUGCAUGCAGUUCUAUUAAAGGUUAUUCAGUAGAAGUCCCUGAAUAAACGACACCAUGUUGUUUCCAAUUAUAAAAGCAUAAAAGCAGAUGUUUUACAAAAUACAUAAUGUUUACACCAAUGAAAAGUGCAUCACUUUCCAUUUUACUAUAAUAGCCUUUAAUAUCCAUUUACUAAAUUACAAUUAGUUUCUGGGACAUCUCACAAGGUUUGGGCAAAGGUCUUAAUGAUUUACAUUCAGAACAUGAUGCAUGAUGGGAUACGCUUUUGUCAGUUUUAAGUUGCGUGCACACCCUAUUGAGUGGCCAAGACCACAAGUGUGGGUAUUUGGACGCAGCCUUUGACUUGAGGGAGCAAAUAGGGUAUUGGUUUAGUUCACCUGUGUGUCAGGCUCCUUUCUGCUUAAAAAAGUGUUGAUAUGAUUUACUUGAGGUUAUGUUUUGAUUCCGAUGUGACAUUUUGAUCUGGCCCAAUUUAGGCCCAGUUAUUAUGUGUAAUUAAAGGUAUAGCGGAAGAUUUUCCCAAAUUUUUUAAAAGGAUUGCCCCUCCGCUUUUUUUAAAAAAUGCACAUGCGCAACACUACCUCCUCCCGAGAGGGAACGCCUAUUAACGUGUGCAUGAGAGAGCAUGCACGAGCCUAGUUCUUCUCUUCGCUCUGUUUACAAGUUGCUGCCGGCAUGGCUCAUACAUUGAGAUGUUUACCGUGUCUGCGCGGUUCGUGACUUGUGCCAGGGCUAGCAUCGCUAAUCAUAGCUUACAUCAACUUUUACUAGCAGUAAUUUGAAAUGGAUUUUUCCAAAUAGCAUGACAAACUUUACCUGUCGAGAAGAAACUUCGCGACUGAGGCAUCAGUGGGAAGCCCAACCUGUGUGAAAUAUUCUCCCAAAAACACUCUCUUUGGUCUUGUUUCUUUCUUUAGAGGGCUUUCUCUUCUUGUCAUACAAUUCGUAAACACUUUUUCUCUUGUGACCCUCAGACAUUUUGAAAAAAAUACGGUGAAAACGCGAGCUUCAAUGAAUGUUGAAGCCGUAGCCCACCACACAUACAUACCUGAAAGUGUGCAUGUGCAGAAAGCGAACCUAGGGACGAGCACGUUGAUGGCCUUACAUAAACAUAUCAGAAUGAUUGACAACUGGGAUGACCAAUAGUCCAGAUCAGUGGUUCCCAAACUUUUCAGCGUGCGGCCCCCCUUGUGUAUGGUGCAUUCCUUCGCGGCGCCCCAAAGGAAAUUUGUGACAAAAAACUGUUCUAAACUCAACAUUUUACUAAAACACAUAUUACAUUAUACAAAAAAAUAGUGCUUUUGGUUAGUAGCCUUAUUUUUUAUGUUUAAUUACACAGAAUUCAUGAUAAAUUAAUGUAUUUUAUAAAAUGUCAUAAAACUGGGGCCCCCCUGGCACCAUCUCGCGCCCCCCAGUUUGAAAACCCCUGGUCUAGAUGAUCCACCCAGAAAAAGAAAAUCUUCCGCUAUACCUUUAACUUGGUCCAUGUGUGGGCCUUGUCUGGAAUCCAGAACAGGUCCAUACUAGGACGUUAUUCAUUGGAGUAUGUGGGCCAGAGCUGGGCCACAGAAAAAUUGUAUCACGCUCAGGUGUGGCUCAGUUUUGGUCUUUCUGGUUAAAAACUGGUGUUGAUGUGGUUUACAUAAGGUUAUGCUUUGGUUCCAAUGUUACAUUUUGAUCUGGCCCAAUGCAGGGUCUGAAAUCCAGACCUGGUCCACACUUGGUCCAUCAUUCAUUGCGGUAUGUGGGCCAAGCAAAAGCUGGUUGUGUGGGCCAGAAAAAAAAUUGCUGUGUCACGGCAUUUUCUGAAACUAAAAGUUUGGCAACCCCUGACCUACACAUGCAAUUUCACAAAAAUCCACAUAACCCUUUACCUGACAAAGCCCUUUUUGAGUGAUGGGUGAAAAGGUGACGUGCAUCUUUGAAAUGAAUAUAAAUCUGAUAAUUUUUUGGUCUAGAAGCUAAUUUUGGUCUUGUUUAAAGAACACUUUGAAGUUUACAGAAGUGUGUGGUGGU